CGAAAAUUGAUAGCGCCUUGUGUAACCUACGAUAGACUUCGCCUCUGGCACAAACCCGUGCGAGGGUCGCAAUGCUGGGCAUCCUCUCAAAUCGUUUCAUUGGCUUAUUGAUAGCCUUAUUUGUGCUCGUUAGCGUGUUCCAUCUCGGUGCGCGCAGUAACGGCGUCAUCUCUGGCUAUGAUCAUACUACGUUGAAACCCUCACAGCCAAAAUCGCUAGAGUCAAUCAAGGGCGAUUGGCAACGCGAGCAGGUGUCUUCUGGAGAUUCGCCCCAGAAGCCGACGUUGCCCGAGCUCAAUUUGCAAGAUGUGGUGCCGACUCAUGGCAAUACAGAUGCCAUCCUGUAUGUCCACUACGAUGGUGACCCUAUUGGCCGACGCAACAUACAAUUCUUUGUGGAUCAUGCGUUGCACAGCAAAGCGGACUUCUACUUCAUCAUUCAGGGAUACAACGUUACUAUCGAGAUUCCCGAGGCGGACAAUAUCUUUGUGAUCAAGCGUGAAAACAGCUGCUAUGAUCUCGGAGCUUUUGGUGUCGUCUUGCAAGCUGAUGACGGACUCGUGCUCAAGAAGUACAAGCGAUUUCUACUGACCAAUUCAUCAGUGCGUGGGCCCUUCUUCCCAAAUUGGGCGUACGCAAAUAAAGAAGCCUGCUGGAGCAACAAGUUCUUCAAUGUUUUGAGUGAUCGGGUCAAGCUUGUCGGCUUGACGGUGAAUUGCGAUGCUGCCGUGCCCGCGAAGCAUUUGCAGUCGUUCGCUCUGGCCACGGACCAAAUUGGAAUGAACCUCAUCCUCCCUGCUCUGCAAUGCUUCAGCAACCGCCAUGAUGCCAUCUAUAAAGGUGAAUUGGCCCUGACAAACGCCAUACUGGAUGCUGGCUAUGAAGCGCAUCCACUCUACUCGCAAUACAGGCAAGUCAAGCAGACAAAUGCAGAGUUUUGGAGCAAUUGCUUGCAUGCAGAUAUACAAGUCCCUGCUGGGUAUGCAGGCAUGGAUGCGCAUCCAUUUGACUUGAUGUUCACCAAAAUCUCUCGCAUCGAUAAUGAUGUCGUCAAGGAUCCAAUGACGCCAUUAGGUAUGGUUGCGUUGAACAGACUGACUGAGUGGGCAGACGCGAGCGAGUUCUCCAGCUACGAGCAGUGUGGAUAACGCUCGGAUCGGGGAGGCAGGCCGUAGCUUGCGGCUCACUCGAGAUGAGAGUGACCAGGGCUACACCAGUAUAAAAUGGUCUACAACAGGCGAUGUCUCGAGGC